AUGAUAACUUUUUUACCCAUCAUUUUUUCCAUUCUAGUAGUAGUUACCUUUGUUAUUGGAAAUUUUGCUAAUGGUUUCAUAGCAUUGGUAAAUUCCAUUGAGUUGGUCAAGAGACAAAAGAUCUCCUUUGCUGACCAAAUUCUCACUGCUCUGGCGGUCUCCAGAGUUGGUUUGCUCUGGAUAUUAUUAUUAAAUUGGUAUUCAACUGUUUUGAAUCCAGCUUUUUAUAGUGUGGAAGUAAGAACUAUUGUUUAUAAUCUCUGGGCAGUAACCAACCAUUUCAGCAACUGGCUUCCUACUAGCCUAAGCAUAUUUUACUUACUCAAGAUUGCCAAUUUCUCCAACCUUAUAUUUCUUCACUUAAAGAGGAGAGUUAAGAGUGUCGUUCUGGUGAUACUGUUGGGGCCUUUGCUAUUUUUGGUUUGUCAUCUUUUUGUGAUGAACAUGAAUCAGAUUAUACAGACAAAAGAAUAUGAAGGAAACAUGACUUGGAAAUGCAAAUUGAGGAGUGCAAUGUACCUUUCAAAUACGACUGUAACCAUACUAGCAAACUUAGUACCCUUCACUCUGACCCUAAUAUCUUUUCUGCUGUUAAUCUGUUCUCUGUGUAAACAUCUCAAGAAGAUGCAGCUCCGUGACAAAGGAUCUCAAGAUCCCCGCACCAAGGUCCACAUAAAAGCGCUGCAAACUGUGAUCUCCUUGUCGUUAUGUGCCAUUUACUUUCUGUCCAUAAUGAUAUCAAGUUGGAGUUUGGGAAGGGUGGAAAACAAAGCUGUCUUCAUGUUCUGCAAAGCUAUUAGAUUCAGCUAUCCUUCAGCCCACGCAUUCGUCUUGAUUUGGGGAAACAAGAAGCUAAAGCAGACUCUUCUUUCAGUUUUGUGGAAUGUGAGGUACUGCGUGAAAGGACAGAAGCUUCAAUCUCCAUAGAUUGACAAGAGGGGCAUUGUGUGUCUUCUAACAGAAAACAAACUGGUGGUGUGUGAAACAUUUUCUAUUUCUUACUGAUUUUUCUGUAAUAUACAUGUAUGAAUAAUUUCCAAAUGUGUACCUAGAAAAGUCAUUGACCUAAAAUUAGUCUUAAAAAGUAUAUAUAUAUGCACACACACAUAUUUAUAUGUGUGUGUGUUUAUGUGUGUAUGAAAGCUUAGAACAUUCGCAAUAAUGUGACCUUUUUGUGUUUUUUCAUACAGACUAUCAAAUUAUACAAAAUAUGACAAAAAUUCCUCAGAAUUAUGAAGUCAUGUGUAUUUCAUUUAUGUACUUUAUA